UUCUAAACUGCGCUACUCUUCGCACGGUAAACCCACGCACAAUCGAGAACGUCGCUUACUAUCUAUAAACACCGUGAAAUUCCACUUGGUCACUUUCUCCUGCUUCCUGUCUGGUAUCUUAGGGGGAUUUUAAACUCCCUGCAACACAAGGGGGGCUCGUUGCUUGAAUCUGAAAACGAAAGUAUGCUGCAGACCAAGACAGAUCGGCUGAAAGCAAGGCAAAGCAUUGUGGCUUAUGGAGCUGAACUCUGAUGGUUAACAAGGCACCGUAAUGAGUGGGAAAUUCUGGAUACUGAUCACAUCUGUUCUAUUCAUCACCCAUGUUUACGAUGUCCAGUGCGAGUGUAUGCCACAAGAUCUUAAAACACAUCUGGAUGACGUUUUAUUGGAGGAGCACAUGUUUGAGGUUAAAGUAUUCUCACCUGAAACGAAGGAAAAUGAGCUUCUCUCAGUAAUUAACACCGUCUGUUCAUACUGGACUAAUAAUAAGGGAAAGAACGAGGAUGAAUUGGCAGUAUUAAAGACUUUUAGGAUAAUGUUGCUUCAUCUUGACGAAAAUAAGGAAAUAGAUAACUUUUGUGCAAAGCUGAACUGCACAGAUUCUUACAUGGUUCGCCACAUUAACACAACCACUUUUAGAGCAAUGUAUAAAAACUCUUGUGGUGGAUCAGUAUCAGACCUGAAAUGUCCAUCAAAGAGCACAUCUUUAACAACAGUUGGCCCAACCGUUAAACUCAGCACAACAUUUUUAACCACGGUCAAUUUGUUCACCACAGAUCCUGAAAACGCAACAUCUUUAACAACAUUGGUCAGUCCAAACAUCACUGCUUCUGAAAAUUUGACAGAAGUUUCAUCGGCACGUACAGAAACCAUCAUUCAGGAAUUAAAAGACAACAAUCAGAAUCUGUUUGCUACCAUUAUAGCAUGUUCUGGACUCCUGGUUGUGUCGCUUGUGCUGAACGUUGUUUUAACCUUAAAGGUGUCUCGCAUGCAAAGUAAGUCCAAGGACAAUACCCCCAGAGCGGAAAUGCACUUACAAGUGGUAUGAUUUAGGACAUGGAGAAUAAUUCUAGCACUUCGUUGGUCGUUUGCGGAUGAUUGCCGCUACAUAAUCACUCACCAGUCAUCUGUUACUGCUACCACACUCUCCAUGCAUGGCACAGUGCUGUCUUUGAAUCUAUGACUGGCAACCAUCCUAACAGAUGCAGCACGCUUAUAUUAAUAUACUCCGACAUGUCCUCAGACAUGUGUUUGUGUAUUUUUCAGUGUCUAAUUGUGAUUGUCUUGAAUGUGGCUUUGUAACUGUUAUUCUUAAUCUAUCAAGUACCCUAUUUUUGUUUACACAAAAAUAUCACAGCCAGUACGGAAAUUAUUGGGAAAAAAAUCUGUCCCCUUUAGCAUUUAGGUCCUGAAUGGUUGUGCCAGAUUCUUUUGAAAGGAACAAGGGGAACGAAAAGUAUUUACAUAUACCGCUGCAAAAAAGUAAUAUAUUCUGUUGUUUUCAGCAGUUUGUAUUUUAUUAUAUUGUUUAUUUUAUACAGUAUCUUACUAUGUUUAUAUUUUGCUAAAUAUGUUUGCGUGUAUAAGAGAACAUGGAGAAUUUAUUUCUGGGUAUCUCAGAAUGUAAAGUUUAUGUUAUUGAUCUUUGUGCUUUUUUUGUAAAAUUGACAAUUGUUUGUUGUAUAUCGCACCCAAUAAAACAGGAGACAUCAUCAUGGGUAUAUUAGACCUCAUUAAAUGGCACUAAAAAGUUCUCAUUAAAAAAAUUAAUG